CCCAAACCCUGGAGAAACAUGGUUCCUUCUUUCUUCUAUUUAUUCUUUUCUUCCUGUCAACCCGGAAACGUGAGAGGUGAGACUUGCUAGCCCCGCUCACCGUGUCCAGCCAUCCUUGCCGGGCUGCCCUGCUGUCCUGCUCUAAUGCUCCAUUCUACCGGUUACUCCACUUAGCGGCCUAGACCCAUUAAACCUUAGUCAGCCGCAGGGUAUGUAUCCUGAUUGCUUUACGUUUGGGAGUAUUCUGAGAAAUUCAUUUGGAUGUUAUAGAGUCGAUGGACUUAUGAUUAUUGGCAGUAUACAUGGCAUCAUUGUUCAAUUGGGGUAUGAGUCUAAUAAUGUGCCUAUUGGAUCUCUAGUUGAUGCCUAUGUGAAGUAUGGGAACUUAGCUGGUGCAAAUCGUCUUUAUAGAAGUAUGAAGAAGAUAGAUAUCAUAUCAUGCUCUGCAUUAAUUAUGCGAUAUGCUCGUCAAGGUAAAGGCAUUGAUGAAUGCAUGAAUCUCUUUUUUGAGUUGAACCGAUUGCACGUGAAAAUUAAUAGUGUAAUAUUGUGCUCAAUGCUUAGUUUGUGCUCUAAAUCAGCAUUAUUGAGUCUAGGAAGGCAGGUGCAUACUCUUACGUUGAAAUAUCAAAAUAAACAUGAUGUAGCCUUGGGAAACUCUUUGAUUGCCAUGUACACAAAAGCAGGUGAGAUUGAGGCUGCUAAGAGAAUUUUUCAUCACAUGGAAGAGAAGAAUGAAAUCUCAUGGACAUCAAUGAUAUCUGGAUAUGGUGUGCACGGCCAUACUGAGAACGCAAUUUCUCUUUACAAGAAGAUGGAACUGCAAGGAAUUUAUCCAAAUCAUAUCACGGUCUUGUCCCUUUUCUCUGCGUGUAGUCAUACUGGCUUGACUUCUCAAGGCUGGGAGUUCUUCCACAAUAUGGUUCGAAAAUAUAAGAUUUGCCCAUCGUCGAAGCACGAUGCUUGCAUGGUAGACCUUUUGGCACGUGAGGGUUGUUUGGAAGAAGCCCAUAGUUUGAUAUGUAGGGAGAAAGUUAAUCCGAGUGCCUCUCUUUGGGGAUCACAUCUUGGGGCGUGUAGUGUGCAUGAACAUAUGCAUCAUGGAGAGUUAGCAGCGAAGAAUUUAUUUAGUAUGAACCCCCAAGAGCCUGCCAACUAUGUUGUCUUGGCUAACAUAUACGCAUUGGCAGGUUUAUGGUGAAGGGCCGCCGAUACACGGGAAUUGAUUGUUAAUAGGAGGUCACGGAAGAAUCCUGGUCAUAGUUUUGUCCUGUCAAACAAUAUCACUUCUUCCCGCUGGUUGGUAUAAAGGCUUACCCCUGUACUAAAGUUCAGAGAGAUUGUUUCCGGAUGACUCAUAGUGAAAAUCGCAUCCAAAAUUGCAUGGACUGACUGCUGCUUCAUAACAAAGAAGCGCAGACACUUUAGUGAGCCAUUUUGCUUUACUCCAUAUUUGUCAAGCCAAAAUAUAAUAAAUCUUUGGCUCCAUUGCAAGUGAUGGAAAAGAAAAAGAAAGGAUAAACUCAUAAAAGGCCAGAGCUAAGGAGCACCUUGACUUGUUUAAUGUUGCUGCUAGUCAACCUAAAGUUCCAUCUCGUAAAUUAUCUCUUUGUGUUUACAAAUGCCAAAUGUAAUAUAAUGGUCUGGUGACUGGUGUGGAUCCAAAUCAAUAUUGUGUGAGUUCUACAAAGCUGGGAAAUGUACAAAGGAUUUCAAGUGGAAGUUCUCACACGAUCUGAAUAUACAAAAAAAGGAGAGAAGAUUGUCAUUUGCAUAUAAAUGUGAUCAUGUAAAAAAGAAAUAGCGGAGGAUCUGGAGUUUGGGGCCAAGAGACUUUUGAGGAGUUUGUGGCAUAAAAAGUGAGGAGUACAGCAAGAACCAAUCAAGUUUCAGGGUCCACUAUUACCUUGUGUUUUGCUUUUGUGUUGUCCACAUCUAUUAUAGAUAAGUUGGGAAAAGGGGUUAUAUUUUACAUUGGGGGGGGGGGGGGCUCUUCCCAUGCUUUGUGUGAUUGUUUACCUCAAAUGAGACAAAUAUAAAUCAAAUAAAAAGAUUAAAUUGUACCCAUUCAGGUAGCUCUUUUUUAUUCCAACGUAGACCUCACAUGUUGCUCCUAGUUAAAAGAUCUUUCCAUAUGACUUGAAUGAAAUGAGUGGGAUUUCUCAGGAAGAAUGUAGAGGUAUCAUCAUUCGUAGUUCUCAUGUGCAGGUUUGUAAAUACUUUUUGGAUGCUGAGGAGAAGAAAUGAAUGGAUGGUUUUGGGUCUGUCGAAAUUGUGGUAAACACUGUCACUAUAGAUAUACUCUUCCUCCAGGGUAUGUUCUGAAAUCAAUGAGGAAUAGAUUAAUAUUUUGAAAGCAAUGGUCUGCAAAAUAUGGAAGGGUAAGUUUUAGAGUUGUAAUGUACUUCAAAACGCUAAUGGAAAACAGUUCAGUUUUCAGCGUUUUCGAUUUUGUGGAGAAAUUGUGGCCACAAAAUGGAGCAAGAGCUGGAGAUGCAGUGAGAUCGCGGGCAAGAUCCAUGGGUUGAACUACCUUUAGGCAGAUUGAUUGAAAAAGGUGCACUGAGGAAUGAUUGGGCAGGCCGUAGAUGGGGGUUUCUUCCAGCGAUGGAGUGCAGGCACGACAGAAACGUUGAUGUUUGUGUUUUGAAAUAACUCCCAGCUAAAAUUGUCUAAAAAAAAGUUAAUCCCACUUAGUUAUAUGAAUAUGUAUCUUUUGUUCAUAAAAAAGGUUUUCACACCUUACCUAAUAUUAGCAACUAGCUUUUCAGCCAUUAUUUUCACGAAUGAAUAUUUUUUCACUAGAAUAUUUUGCACGGAAAUUGGGAACACAUAACACAUUGAUGUUUGUGUUUUGAUUUUUGAAAUAAC